AUGUCGCUUGAAGCCAGUGAAUCGGAGACUACAGAGGUUAGAACACUCAAGAGGCCCAAGCGAAAGGUGGCAAUUCUCUUUGGAUAUGAUGGCAAAGACUUUGCUGGUUUACAACAACAGCCGAAAUCCCAGUCUGUCACUACCAUUGAAGACCUGCUACUUGGAGCACUUGUUGAAGUCGGGGCCAUUUCGGUUGAUAACGGCACAAACGUGGAAAAGAACUCUUGGACACGUUCCGGGCGGACAGAUCGCGGUGUGAGUGCGGCACGCCAGCUGAUCUCGUGCAAAAUCAUGUUGGAAGAUCCUAGGGCGAUGGUCCAAAAGCUCAACGCAGUGCUUCCAUCCGACAUCCGAGUAUGGGAUAUCAUUCCCACCCCAAAAAACUUCAACGCUCGUCGCACAUGCGACAGCAGAAAGUACGAAUAUGCCCUACCCACCUAUGUGUUCCGAGAUCCACCUCCCGCUGCAUAUUACGGUCCAAACAGCGAAGCACCACCUUUACCUGUCAGCGAUGAAGAUAUCACAAUGAUACAACUUCCCAUCUCGCAGCCAACACUCGAAGACAUAGACUGUGACCGUCGCUUUCGCGCAACUGCGGAGCAGAUCGCAACGUUCCGAGCCAUAAUGACCUCCUUUCAAGGUGUUCACAAUUUUCACAAUUUCACACUUGGAAGGUCAUUCAAGGACAAAGCUUCUGUUCGACGCAUGAUUCAAAUUCAGGUGCUAGACCCAGAGGUGCACGAUGGGGUUGAGUGGCUAAGAGUACGCCUUCAUGGUCAAUCAUUUAUGCUUCAUCAAAUUCGAAAAAUGAUUGGUCUCGCUAGUUUGAUGGUGCGCACGCAGACCCCAAUCAGUAUCAUUCCAGAAACUUUGACUUCUGUGAAGUUGAACAUUCCGAAAGCCCCAGGGACUGGUCUUCUCAUGGAUGAGCCACUUUUCCAGUCAUAUAACACGGCCGACAAGCGACGAAUAGAGUCCGGAAAGGACCCGAUCGACUUUAGUCUCGCCGCGGAAGACAUUGAAAAAUUCAAACAGCAUAUAUUGGCAGGAAUACGUCAAGAUGAAAUGGUCAAUCAUAGAUUUGGGCGCUGGGCACGGUUUAUAGAUUCCUAUUCAUUUACGUUUGCCACCUAUCUGAACCGGGACGGCAUUGUCCGUCCGUGCUAUAUACUAGGUUUACCUUUACGAGAUAGCUCCGUAGAUAUUAAAGAUGUGGUUGAUGUGGGGAAUGGGGAUGAUGGUCAGCAGUGUGAUGAACAAGACCAAAACGACUGA